UUCCCCUCUGUUGCGUUAUCCGUACCAUCCGAGCCUCUGGACAGUCUAUACCGCUUCAAUCAAAGCCCCACAGAACAUCAUCUGGCGUAUGCUCACGUCAGAACCACGUUUAGUCCGCCAGAUCGCGGGCGCAUGAGAACACGUGUGAACCUCGUGGCCAGCCGCCGGUAGCCUGGAGACGAGCGCGCAAACAUUCGCUUGUGAUGAUACAUACAAACAUGUCUCUCUUGCACUUCUCUCGAGAUUUCGCCAUCCUCCCCCUCCUGUCUUUCACUCCCCGCCAACGGUGCGUCUCCUUUCGGCAUCUCUAACUCUAUAGUCCGUCGUGAUGGGCGCUAGAGGUUGACGAAUGGCCUAGGAGCGCUUCCCGCCAACUUCUCAUCGCCCUCCCCACCAUUUUCCCUCUUUUUAUCGAUGCUCCUGCCCCGGUACUCGCUGCUAGAUGGCCUUCCUGGACGACCUUCCAGGCCGCUGAGUCUCGCAUCCCCGCUACGCUCCUCCUCGUCCCUGCGACUCUUCUCCAGCCCCCCCUCCCCGGCUGUGAGGGUAAGAGAAUCAGCUCCUCGAGCUCUCCUUGCUCGUGCCCUCGUGGGCUUACUGAGCCCCGAUCUCACCUCCAUAUUCGAACUCAUGGUCCUCGGCCAUCUUUCUCGCGCCGCCCGCACCCUCUGGCUCAAGCUGGAGGCCGAUUAUGGCACUCGCCCCUCCUACAGGCGAGGGGGAAGAGGCCUCACACAAGACUGCGUCGCUGAAGAGAGCUCUUCCUCUUCAUACCGCUGAUGCGACCUUUCUGAACGUCCGCAGAACGAUUGAUAGGCUCCCCACAGGAUCCGGCCACAGGUGAUGUGCCGACCGGCACUUAGAGUACACAGUCGCGGUGUAUCGUCAACAUGUCGAAGCGCAUGAGAAGCCACCGAGAAGGUUGAGCUCCACUCGGCCCAAAUGGGACAAGGGAGGGAGGGCGAUCCUGAAGCAGGGGACAGGUUGGGUGUGGAAAACCCUCCUUGAACAUCUCAGCCUCGAUCAACAUCUCCCGUAGGAGAUCUUGGAGCACCUUCCUCACCUUUGGCUUCCACGUGCAAGGUCAUUCAUGAUCACACCACCAACCCCCUCGUCUAUCGUGAAGACGACCUUUCUCCCGGAGACUCCGCAGCCUUCUCCCUCCUCAGAAGGCUUGCUACUUCGGUGCGACCAGGGAAAGCUUGGAAGAUCAAGGGUGGUGAGGCGAGGUUUUUAGAUGUUGGUGAUGUUGUAAAGCCAUAGUGUAAGAUAGCGGUGAUGAGGCGAAGUUUUGGGAUGUCGAUAAUGUUGUAAAACCGUAGACUAUCAUGUAAAGUAUCACUUCA